AUGCCUACACCACCUGGCUCUGGCUCUCAAAAGGAUAGGAAAGAUUCUCUAUCAGGAAAACCCACAGUUCCAUCAUCAUCUGGACCAAAGAAACCUCCUCCCGUCACAGCUCAGCCUGAUGAAAGGCUACCUGCUGCACCUCUUAUCUUCGAUAACACUCCACAACAAUCAUCUGUCAAUGAUGACCAACAAAAUGUCCGAGACGUUGCCACAGGACAUAACUCAGAGCCUUUGAGUCCAGUUCAUGACAGCUCUCUACCACAGAAUAUCUGGAGACCACAGAGCUGCGCGAGAUAUAGCAAUACUAGGAAUGAUAGUGCAGCUCAUGCCAAUCCCUUGGGUCCAGACAUCUGGAAGCCGCAAAGUUAUGCAAGGGAUGGUGAUAGAGACAGCCAUGGUUCCCGUCUUUUCACUCCUACUCCAAAUCCUCGAGGAGCAAGCUCAAGAAUGAAUCAGGUCAGCUAUAAUCAGCAACGACCCCCUCCCUUAGCACAUGCUGUCCCACCAACCAUCAAUAGGUCCACCCAACGACUCCCUCCAUUGGCACCAGCUGCUCCAAAACCAAACAAGACGUAUGCUCUACAGUUUUCUUCAUCAUCAGAGGCUAGACAACCUGCGAAAAUCAAAUCUGCUCCUCACCUUCCUAUACCAUCGCAGGCUAAUUUAACUGCCAACAUCAGCUCGGCUACAAGGCAACCCUUAUUAACACCAGCUGUCCCACAAAACCCUCGAUCAACACAAGAUGUUCCACAUCCCAACAUCAACUCCGCUGCACAACCACCGGUAGUAGAUCCCACUAAUACCUUCGAUUACAUUCCCUCCGAAAAAGCCGAAGAGCUCCGAGAUAGACUCUUCAAACUUACCUCUGACUACCAGCGUCUCUACAGCGUUUUCAUGUCUAGCGGAGACGCCAGUCCCAAUGCUGCUCGCUGGAAUUCAGUCGACAUCGAUCUUCCAUACCUCUUCGAAGUUCGUCAACAAAUCAUCAAUUUCCUGGUUGCUACGGAGAGAUUCGAAAAUGGAGAAGAGAUGAAAGACGUGCGGGGAUUUAAGGAAUCUCAGAAAUCUUUUUUCAAGAAUUUGGAGGAGGUUAUCAGUGUUGCUGUUGAGAGGAUGACUUGGUUGAGGAGAGAUCUAGAGGGUCUGGAUGGGUAUGCUUAUCAGCAUCAGAACUGGUAUUAUCAGGUCAUUGGAAAUAAUCCGCGGAGUACUUGUUUGCCUUCUGCGAAGGAGGAUGAGAAAGUUGAGGGUGAAGAUGCUGGAAAUGAUGGAAAUUCUGGAGAUAAUAGAGAUGGUGGAGAAUCGAUUGACAAAUCUACAAGACAUGGCAAUGAACAUGGUAACUUGGUGUCUCCAUCCUUGGACUCCGAAGAUGAAAAAGAGAUGAGAGCGGAGAAGCGCAUGAGGAUGUAG